AUGUUGCGCACAAAUCGUAUCUCUGCGAGACCAUUUCUCUACAAUCCCACCCGAAAUUUUAGCUCGUCUCUACCACGCAGCAAGGAGCGUCUCGUCAUUCUCGGUUCAGGAUGGGGAGGAUACGAAGUAUUGCGUGGCAUUGAUAAGAGCCAUUGGGACGUCACCGUUCUUUCUCCCAAUACUUAUUUCAACUUUACGCCUCUUCUCGCAAGUUGUGCCGUAGGAACUCUAGAAUUUCGAUGUGCGAUUGAACCCGUUCGACGAUACACGCCGAAAGUUACAUAUUACCAAGCGUGGUGCGAUGAAAUAGAUUUUACGCAGAAAACUCUCAAAUGUAUGCCUGCGACGCGUCCGGCAACAGCGGAGCCUCGGGAAGAAGAGGAUGCGACCACUCAGGAGCAUUAUGGCACACCAUUUACUCUGCGCUUUGAUAAGUUGGUAAUUGCUGUUGGUGCUUAUUCGCAAACCUUCAACAUUCCUGGAGUCAAAGAACACGCGCAUUUUUUGAAAGAUGUUAAAGAUGCCAGGAGGAUUCGCGGCCGUAUUCUCGAAUGCUUCGAGCAAGCAAACCAACCCACUAUGUCCGACAUUCAGCGCCGCAAUUUAUUGAAUUUUUGCGUUGUUGGUGGUGGACCGACCGGCGUAGAGUUUUCCGCCGAGCUCUUUGAUCUAUUGCACAGUGAUAUUGCCAAACAUUACCCUGUGCUCGCCAGACUCGCCAAAAUCACCCUUUAUGAUGUUGGACCAAGCAUUCUUGGAAUGUUCGAUAAAUCUCUAAUCCAAUAUACGGAGAAAACCUUUUCGCGAGAAGGCAUCAGUAUUCUAACAAGGCACCAUGUUGAACGGGUGGAAGCCCGCAAAUUAAUCGUCAAAGAACAAGGAGAAGUCCCUUUCGGUCUUUUAGUCUGGAGUACUGGAUUGGCACCCAACCCCCUUAUCAGCUCUAUAAAUGAAAUACAAAAAGAUGGAAAAAGUCUGAUUACCAACGACCACCUCAAUGUGAUCAUGAAGGACGGGUCGCCCAACCCUGACGUUUGGGCCAUCGGAGAUGCAGCAAAAAUUGAGGAUGCUCCACUACCGGCCACUGCUCAAGUGGCCAAUCAGAAGGGAAAGUAUCUUGUUAAGAAACUGAGAUACAUCGCGAGAGAUCAGGAGUAUCCAAAGCCAUUUGAGUUUCACAAUCAAGGUAGCCUGGCGUAUAUUGGAGAUUGGAAAGCCAUCUACGAUCGACCUGGGCCUCCAGGCUCUGAGGGAGGCUUCAUGCAGAAGGAGACAGGUCGAGCUGCAUGGCUGCUAUGGAGGUCUGCUUACUUCACCAUGACGCUCAGUUGGAGAAACAAGAUUUUAGUCCCAACCUACUGGUUUCUGAAUUGGAUUUUCGGCCGAGAUUUAACAAGAUUCUGA